CGGAAACGCAAGUCGCACACGAAGUCGCGUCGAGGUUGCGGCAACUGCAAGCUUCGCCGCGUCAAAUGCGACGAAGGCAAGCCGUGCUGCAAGCGCUGCCAGUCGUUUGGCGUAACGUGCAACUAUGACCGCCUCUCUUCGGACCUGCAAGUUGCCGAUGAGGCUGCUUUUAUCGGCGGCGCUCCUCCCAUGACGGCCAUCUCUCUGAACCGCCAGGUCCUGAGCAUGCUCAACGACUCGCUCCACCGCCAGUCUCCAUCCAAAAAGACAAUGCUGUUUGGUCUAGGCGACCUUGCCAUCGUUAACAGGUAUCACGAGAGGACCAUCCUGACAAUGGGCACCCCGCAAACGCGCCACGUCUACCAGCGCGAGAGUGUGAAAUUGGCAUUUGAGCACCCAUUCCUCUGUCACCUCGUGAUUACCGUCACCCUCAUGCACGACCGAUUCAGCGUCACAACCAAGCAGAGCCCCGCCGAACUCGUUCACUGGCUCGAAGGCACCGCACACUUCCACAAGCUCCUAGCCAACGCGAAGCGCGGCGCCCUCAGCUCGUCCGAGAAGGACGCCGUCUGGAUCGCAUCGGUCCUGAUAGGCUGUGCGACCCUGGCCCAGGUCGACAGCGACAACCCCGAGGAGCUGUGGCCGCUCAAGUGCGCGUUCACCGACCUCAACUGGCUGAAGAUGAACAACGGCAAGUAUGAGAUCUGGCGCCACGUCAACCUCCGCCGGCCGGACAGCGCGUUGCGGGCGGUUGCACAGGAGCACCGCCAGGAUCCCGGGCCAAUGGUUUCAGACCAGGACGCGCUGAGGGUGCUCCCACCCGAGCUACAGGAGUUGCUCGAGGUCAGCCACCCCUCUGCAUCGCCGCUCACCAAUCCUUACUACAUCAUCGCUGCGAUCCUGGGCAGGUUGUUGCCCUUGGAUGCAAACCCUGCCAACAUGCUUGUGUUUAUAACCUUUCUCUCCCAAAUCACGGCCCGGUUCCAGACGCUGCUGGAGGACAAGGACCCUCGCGCGCUGCUGCUGCUGCUCUACUUUGACGCCAAGAUCAUCGAGCAUGGGCGCUGGUGGUGGUGGAACCGCUCGGUGCUGGAGGGGAGAGCUAUAUGCAUCUAUCUCGAGCGCUACCACAGCAACAUUUCCCACCUGGACCUCCUCAUGGAAUACCCCAAG